CUGAUUCGUUCGGCAAGUAAAACACUUCAGAUAUGGCGGAGGGGGAGCUGGACGUCGAUUCGCUCAUCUCCAGGCUUUUAGAGGUGCGAGGAUGUCGCCCAGGGAAAAUUGUGCAGAUGACGGAGGCGGAGGUCCGGGGACUCUGCAUUAAGUCCAGAGAGAUUUUCCUGAGCCAGCCCAUUCUUCUGGAGCUGGAGGCCCCACUUAAAAUCUGCGGUGAUAUCCAUGGUCAGUACACUGAUCUGUUGAGGCUGUUUGAGUAUGGGGGUUUUCCUCCGGAGGCGAAUUACCUCUUCCUGGGUGAUUACGUGGAUCGAGGGAAGCAGUCUCUGGAGACUAUCUGCCUGCUUCUAGCCUACAAGAUCAAAUACCCUGAAAACUUCUUCCUGCUGCGUGGCAACCAUGAGUGCGCCUCUAUCAACCGCAUCUACGGCUUCUAUGAUGAGUGCAAGCGCAGGUUCAAUAUCAAACUGUGGAAGACGUUCACUGACUGUUUCAACUGUCUCCCCAUCGCAGCCAUUGUUGAUGAGAAAAUAUUCUGCUGCCAUGGAGGCCUUUCUCCAGACUUGCAGUCUAUGGAGCAGAUCAGACGGAUUAUGAGACCCACAGAUGUACCUGACACAGGGCUGCUGUGUGACCUGCUGUGGUCAGACCCAGAUAAAGACGUCCAGGGCUGGGGUGAGAAUGACCGUGGUGUGUCCUUCACAUUCGGAGCCGAUGUGGUCAGCAAGUUCCUCAACCGCCACGAUCUGGACCUCAUCUGCAGAGCGCACCAGGUGGUGGAGGAUGGUUAUGAGUUCUUUGCUAAGAGGCAGUUGGUCACUCUGUUCUCUGCUCCAAACUACUGCGGAGAAUUUGAUAAUGCCGGGGGCAUGAUGAGCGUGGACGAAACCCUCAUGUGCUCUUUCCAGAUUCUGAAGCCUUCGGAGAAGAAGGCCAAGUACCAGUACGGGGGGAUGAAUUCGGGACGUCCUGUUACACCCCCCCGCACAGCCACCCCUCCCAAAAAACGGUGAACAUCCGAAAGAGCAAUGAGUGAAGAGUAGAGAGAGAACGAAUCGGGGAUGAAGUACAAGAAGUAAAUGAGUGUGAAGCUCCCUCCGCAGUUUCUACAACGACGGAAAAACAAUGUAGUUAAAAUGACGCAAGAAGCAACCUUUCUGAUUUUAAAACACUUAAAACCCCCCAUACCCCUCCAUCUCCCACACUCUUCUGUAUUCCUGUAUUGUUUUUUUCUCCAUCUUUCAGUCCCAUUUUUUGUGUAACCACGUUUUUCAAUGAAGUGUUUUGGGGACAAAAAAGAAAAAAAAAAGUAUAGACACUGACAAACACAUACACACACACACACACACACACACACACACACACACACACACACGCAUAACAUACCCACCAGUGUAUCUGUCUGCAUAUCAGAGUGCUCCGUUUUCUUCUUUUUCUUUUUGGUUUUGCUUUUGCCUGUGACAGAAUGUUGUACAUUGACUAGCUCUUCUUUUUUCUAGUUUACUCUUUCAUUCUUCCAAACCUGUUUGAGAAAAGCAGGAAUACAUAAAUAAACCAAUAACUUCAUCUGGGUUUUCAGUAAAUAAACCAGAAUAAA